AGGGUUUUUAGAAAUCCAAGGUUCUCCAGUCCCCGGAUCGUACUCUCGCGGCGAGGCGAUGGCAGGCGACGAGGACCAGCGGCUGAAGCCUCGCGGCGACGGCAGGGAGGAGUACGAGGAGAUGGAGGACCAGGCGGCGCGCCUGCCGGAGGACGUGCUCGCGGCCAUCCUCCGCCGCGUCCCGCCGCGCUGGAUCGCCGCGUCCCGCUGCGUCUGCAGGGCCUGGCGCGACGCCGUCGACGGCCGCCGCCUCCUGCGGGCCGACCUGCUCCCGCUCUCGCUCGCCGGCCUCUUCGUCCACUUCAACGAGCACAAGUUCCCGGAAUUCUUCGCCCGCCCCUCCUCCUCCGCGGUGAGCGGCGACCUCAGCUUCCUGCCCUCCGUCAGCCCCCAUUGCGGCUAUUUCUGGGAGCAGGACUGCGUUGAUUUUGACGACUACAACAUCAAAGAUCACUGCAACGGGCUCCUCUUGCUCAGCGGUAACUACGUGGUAAACCCUGCGACGCGAAGGUGGCAUACUCUGCCGACGUGCCCGCAUGAAAGCGUUACAGGAGGGGGUGUGAGCUAUAGUACCUAUCUUGUCUAUGAUCCCAUGGUAUCACCUUACUACGAGGUGUUUAACAUCCCUACUUUGAGUGCCUAUCAUUGUAGAGGCGAGGUACACCCCUCAAUGGAGGAAUCAGAAUGGCCACAGUCCCACUGCAAGAUGUAUGUGUUCUCAUCCAAGUCGGGUUACUGGGAGGAGAAAUAUUUCGUCCGAGAAGGGGAUGCUGUAGGGGCUCUCCGUGAGAUGGAAGAGUGUUUCGGGCGAUUCAACGCUGUCUAUUUCCGAGGAGCACUUUAUGUUCACUGUAGGCCUAAUUUUCUCAUGAGAAUAUCAUUGUCAAAUAAUACGUACCGUGUAAUAAAACCACCAAUCGAUGCAACAGAGCACUACUGCCCAUAUCAGAUUGUAAGAUCAAAACAUGGGGUGUACUCUGUGUCAGUCAAUAAGUAUUGGCCUCGGCGCAAGUGUUGGCUUCAAGUUUGGAUCCUUAAUGAAUCGUGUGGUCAGACCAAGUGGAUGUUGAAGCAUGACAAAAAUCUUAGGCCUCUGCUAGUACGCCGGGCUUACAGAAGAUUUCGAUGGAUCUUAGAAGAUAUUAACUACAACAUGUUCCGUGCUUCUGCUAGUUGCCCAGAAGAUAACAAGAAAGCAUCAAGUGGAGAGAAUACUGAAUGGAACUCUGACGAGGAUGUUGAAGAGGAAGACAUGGUUGAUCAUUGUUACUUCGAAAACAACAAGAAAUCUGCAGUUGAAAAGAAAAUGGAAUGGGACUCCAACGAUCAUAAUGCUCUUAACAAUGGAGAUGUUGUUGAAGAGUAUUUGUCAGAUGAUGAAGAGCAUUAUGAUCAUUUUUAUCAUAGCGUUCGGAUACUUGGGUUUCACCCAUAUAAAGAGAUUGUCUUCCUGAGUGCAUUUGAACGGAGAUGUCUCGCAUACCAUUUAAAUGGCUCGAAGAUUGAAGAAUUAGGAAAGAUCUACCCAAAGGAAUAUACAUAUUUCAAAGAGUUACUUAAUGAACAGGAGGAAAUCCAAUCUUCUCCAUACACCCCAUGCUGGAUUGAAGAGUUUUCUCUAAACAGUUAGUCUGGAAGUUCAUCUCACACAUGGGCUAUGCUAUGUGCUAUUUAAUAAAUGGCUUUCGGUACAAUGUUUGAGUCAUCUUGAAUUUAUAUGUAAUUUGGAGUUGAAAAGAUAUACAAUUGUAUCGAUUUUUU